AUGAAUCGAACUUUAACUAAAACUACUCCUAGUUUUUUUCAGUAUUUUCAAAGAUUUAAAGGUUCGAAUCCUAAAGUUGGUCUUCCGGCACCUGUAGAUAUUAAUAAAAAUAAUGCUGUUUUUGACGAAAAAACUCAUACAGGACAGGCAUGGGAUCAAUCAGAUUAUCGUUUACAAAGAUUUCACACUGCUGAAAAAAUGGUAAAUCCAAAUAUUGCAAUGGAUCUUAUUGCACAAGUUCCUUCAACACCUUGUGAAGAAAAUGUUGUUUCAUGUGAUGGUGGACAUCCAGCUCUUGGACAUCCAAAAGUUUUCAUUAAUUUAGAUAAGCCUGGUAAUCAUGCAUGUGGAUAUUGUGGACAAAGAUUUUAUAAUACACAUGUUACAAAAGAAGAACAUAAGAAUAUUAAUUACAUAAGUUGCUGA